AACUAUUUAAUAUAUUUAUAUAUUAUAUCUAGUCUUUUUAUAGUUAUUAUAUUACCGCCCGCGCAAUUUAACCCCUUCCGUAUAAACAUCCUCUUAAUAUAUAUUUUCACUUUUAAUAUUAAUAACCCCUUUUUUUAUUUAGAUUACCUCGGCCUUAGUAGUAUUAAGUAA